UUUGCAUGAUUUAAACAAAAAUAUAAAUUUACAAUACAUAGUAAUUAGGCUUUACUUUUCUAAUAAUAAAUCAAGAUGGCGUAUUAUGAGUUUGAUGCAUAUGAUGAGAUGACAGCAAAAUCCUUAAAUAAAUCUAUAGAAAGACCUCCUACUUUUUUAGAGUUACCCAACGAACUACUUUUAGAAUCGGUUAGUACCGUGAAUGUUUGGCAUUACGAUCGUAUACGACGUACCUCGACACGAUUAAGUAAUAUCGUCGACACAGUGCUUUGGGACCAAUAUACAAAUUUUUUAAGAAUUACACGUGGAACUGUAACUAGUAUGCGUAAGAAAAUCGCUGUUGAAAUUUUACACCAAUCAAUAGAUAUAUUAAUUCGAGCCGGAUAUCUGCCUUCAUUUUCUGGUACUAUACUUCAUCACUGGCGUGCCCAUCAGAGUGAUACUUAUUUACCUUUGGAUAUUAAACCACAGGAAGUUGAGAUAAUUCUAAAAAGGUAUUACUUACAAAUCAUUCGUCUAGAUAAUCCGAGUGACGACCAUAUGGCUGCUAUAUUAUUUGGAUUGACUUGGUUAAAUCAAGUGAAGUUAUUUAAAAAUAAAAAGAUCAUUAGUAAUAUUAUUUCCGAUAACAAAUGGUGUUGCUCUGUUGAAGUUGAAGGUGUUUUUAUUGGAAAAUCUAAACAAGACAAAGGUGAACCGAGCUUUGCUGCAAUUGGCGUCGCUAUUGCAGUAGUAUUGAUAGCAUCUAUAGCUGGUUAUUCAACUAAGAGAUUAUUCGAAUGUGAAGAUGUACUUUAUUUAUGCGGUCACAAUAUGGCUCCGCAACGUUCACGUCCACCCAAAAUCACCUUCGUUUUUAAAGUUUCCGCAUCUAAUAGUAUUUGCAAAUAUUUCUCUUGCUUUUUUUCUGGAGAUUUGGAGAUUUUGGGAACACUUCCAAAGGAAUUACUAAAUGAUCCAUUCACAUUUAGUUUCGCAUUAUAUUGUCCCGAAAGUUGUAAAUUGGGCUUUAGUCAAAACAUGAACGUUGUAUGUAAGCACAAGCCAACGGUUCCACAAUAUAUUAAGGAUAUGGAUUGCAGUGAGAAUGUUUUUUAGCUGAAUUUUUAUUGUUAACUAAAUCAAUGGAAAAAACGAAAGCCAACUUAAAAACAAAAAUUUGUCGUGAAAAACACUUCAAGUAAUUUUUAGAUAAUCUAUAA